AUGACACAAGGGAGACUAGACGGAUGGUACUUUCGAAAAUGGUCUCAAGCCGGGAAAGAAGUGUUUCUCAAAUCCAAGGCGGCCUCACUACCUGUCUUUGCAAUGUCAUGUUUUCGCCUUCCUAAAACUGUCAUCUCCAAGCUAUCAAGCAUAAUGUCAAAUUUCUGGUGGAGCUCGGAUGAAGGAGCGAAGAAGAUUCAUUGGAUUGCUUGGGAGUGGAUGUGCCUACUAAAAUCUUUUGGUGGAAUGGGUUUCAAGGAUUUAGAGAGUUUCAAUCAAGCCCUUCUAGCGAAACAAGGAUGGAGACUAGUCAAUCAACCGGAGUCCUUGUUGGCCAGAUUCCUGAAGAGUAGAUAUUUUCCUCAUGAAAAUUUUCUAUCAGCUAUUAUGGGAACUAGACCUUCUUUUGCUUGGAGGAGCCUUUUGUAUGGUAGAGAAUUGCUAUCUCAACGCUUAAAACAGGAGAUUGGCAAUGGGAAGGACACAAAAGUGUGGUUAGAUAAAUGGAUAGAUGACCCUCAGGAGGGUUUAAGACCUCCCUGGAGAAAGAAUCAUAGUUUUGAUGUCAAUCUGAUGGUCUCAUCGCUCAUUAACCCUGAUUUGAGAAGAUGGAAUCUAUCAACGUUACAAGAGAUCUUCGUUCCAGGAGAUAUUGAACUCAUUUUGAAAAGGCAACCGGUAGUGGGAAGGGAGGAUUUUCAGUCAUGGAAAUUUCAUAAGAAGGGGACGCUGACGGAAAAAUAA